GCCCACGCCCCUCACCACCUGAAGGCCGCCCCCGUAUCACUCUCGCAUCAGGCUGUCUAGACAAACAUGGCCAAGAAAAAGAAUAAGCAGAUCCUCCGUCCGUGGUGCUGGUAUUGUGAGAGGGAGUUCGAGGAUGAGAAAGUGCUAAUGCAGCACCAGAAGGCCAAGCACUUCAAAUGCAAUAUGUGUCCUCGUCGCUUGAACACAGCAGGCGGUUUGGCAGUUCAUAUCCAGCAAGUCCAUAAACUCGAGCCUGAGAAUCUUCCUCGAAUUGAGAAUGCCCUCCCGGGACGUGAUGGCUACGAAGUGGAGAUUUUCGGUAUGGAGGGCAUCCCAGCCCCGGAUGUGGCGGACUACAAGCGACGUAAGGAGAUCGAGCUUGGUUUGAACCCCGGCACUAUCACGCAGCCACAGGCGAAGCGGCCGAAGGUUGAAAACCGUCCCCUCUCGGAGGACGAGCUGAAGGCGCAGCUCGAGGCCCACAAGGCCCUCAUGGGCGCUUCGGAAGUAUCCAGUGUUCCUUCAGUGCCAGAAGGGGCAUCAGGCGCGGUGUACGCAGCCCCUUCGCAAACAUAUGCCGCCCCUCCGACUGCAGUCCCGACGCCCGUCAUGUCCCCUCCCGGUAUCCCUCCUGUUAUGCCACCAGGUGCGCCCCCCUUCGUGCCCGGAGUUCCUCCUCCAGGUUUCCCAGGACAGCCACCUUUCCCGUUGCCUGGCAUGCCUCUACCGCCUGGUAUGCCACCACCGCCGGGAUUCCCGGCCGUGCCUCCACCAUUCGCUGGUCAGCCGCCCCCAGGCCUGCUGCCUCCGGGUGCGCCACCGUUCCCUCCAGGUGUGAGACCUCCUUUUCCACCUCCAUUCUUUCCCCCCGGUAUGCCGCCACCUGGUAUACCACUUCCAGGAUUCUCGCCGCCUCCGGGGGUUGUCCCUCCUGGCGUCGUUCCUCCUAUGCCCGGUGCGUCAUCAAUAUCACCUGCGGGAGUACCUGGGGCUCCAGCACCUCCCGGUGCUCCCAAUUUCGUCCCAUCUACCGCUCCUACGGUCCAAGCGACGCCGCCUACCCAACAUCAGCAGCAACAGCAGCAAUUCGCACCCACAGUGCCACCGACUCCGCUGGUGUUGCCGAAUCCGUCGUUGGCGCAGGUCAAUCCCACAUUCAAGAAGGAUACCGUUCUCAAGUGGCAAGAUCCGAACUUUUCCCCCGAGGAAAGACGGUCGAGACACCCUAAGUACUUCUUCCCUGUGUCCACUGACGGCCCUGUGCCCAACGUGCCUGCCGAGGAGAUGCGCGGCAAGAAGCGAGCCAGGGCCGAGGACUUCUUGUAGCCGACGAAAGCAGCUCUGCACUUGCUGGCGCCGAAGAUUUUUGAGAUGGGAAGACGCUACGUCGCAGCGCAAGAAUGGGAUGUGCUCAUCAGUCCGUCCCCUCUACCCGUUACUUUUCCCCAUCACCGGUUUGACUCAUUCCUGCCUUACGCAUGUUUCCGACGGUCAAGUCGGACGAGAGGAGGUCUCAUAAGAAGCUGGUGGUAGCCUUUAGGCAGAUCAUGCGGUGCGGUGCUUUCAACCCUUCCCUUAUGUUACGUCUUUUUACCGAUAGCAUGCACUGGUACUAUGUACGGUCGGUCGUUUCUUCUCUUUCCCAAUCUUGUCACGCGACAGCUAGCACUCGCGGCGUUGCAGCACUCCGUACAUGUAUAAGAAAGGUUUGUGUGUUUGUGUGU